AUGGCGUCAAAAAAGACCAAAGCUCCCGCUGCCGACGACAACAUCGACGAGCUCUUCUCCAGCAUCCGAGGCGAUGCCAAGACUGGAAAGACGGGCCCCAAGAGCUCCAAACCCGGUGCUGCCAAGGCCGCCGGCGACAAAGACAUCCUGGCCGAUCUCGAGUCGCAGCUCGCUUCCGAGCCGCCCACCUCCCGUCCACACACGCCUCGCCUCGGAGGAGCUGGCAAGCGGCCGGCACCCGGGGUACCAGCCGGCGAAGAUAAGCGCAAGUCGACUGACAGCGCCCGAAGUGCUAGCGCGCGUGCCAGCUUCACGCCCAGUGCUACGAGCUCCGAGCUUCAGGAUGCCGAGAAGAAGACGGUCACGGAGCAGCAGCCCGCAGCAACUGGUGGCGGCUGGUGGGGUGGUAUUCUAUCUACAGCCAGCGCUGCCAUGAAACAGGCCGAGGCCGCUUACAAGGAAGUUCAGCAGAACGAAGACGCGAAGAAAUGGGCUGAGCAGGUAAGGGGCUUCAAGGGUCUGGAUAUCGGCGCCCUUCGCCACUAUGGUGACGAUUUGCGUCAUCGCGCCUUGCCAACCUUUAACAACAUCCUCAACACUAUCGCCCCGCCAAUUAGUUCGCACGAGCGCCUUCUUAUUCACAUCACACACGAUUUCGUUGGAUAUCCGUCAAUGGACCCUCUCAUUCAUGCUGUCUUCUCACGCGUCAUGUCGCAAGUCGAGGGUGGCGACCUGCUGGUCGUCCAGCGUGGCCAGGAGAGCGGUUCUCGCCGAGCCCGCGAGAGCAAUGCUGGCUGGCGAGAUGGCCCCUGGUGGCGCCAGUCUGAAUCUGUCCGCGAGCUUGGUCUGAUCAAGGGCUUGACGGAGGGCACCAAGCUCUGUCGAGCCAACGCCGAGAGCUACGCUGAAGAGUACUUUUCCGCCAACGGAGGCGUAGAGCAAGCCAAGGCCAGGGCUACCGAAGACUCGAGUGAGAGUAACCCCGUGCGUACUUCAGAUCUAUUCCUGGCCAUACAAGCUAUCGAGACGGACGACGACGGCACGCUGUUUGCUCGGACGGCAUCCGCCGAAAAGGACAAAGAGGACAAGGCCGACAAGGACGAAGAUGACGGCCGCAUUUCCUUUGCAAUUUUUAUUCUCGAUCCGGUCCAUCAAAUUGAAUACGCCACCGUGAGUCAGGGCAUUCCUGCAAAGUGGACACGCUGGCUGGACACCAACACUCCUCUCACGCCCAAGUCGGGAGACGACGAGCAGGCACCUGUUGAUUCGUCGAUUCCGGCGGAAAUUCAAGAUAUUAUUGAAAGCGGGGCUGUUGAUCCACGGGAAUGGGUUGCUGAAUGGAUCGAAGAGACGCUCUCUCUGUCGAUUGGUAUUGUUGCCCAGAGAUAUGUUGCGCGCAGAAUGGGAGUCGGCGAGGAUAGCCUGGGCAAGGCCAAGAGGAAGAUGGAAGAGCUGGUGUAUGAAAAUGCAGGAGAAGCUGCGCGGGCGGGAGCUAUUUGA